AUGAGAGUGCAUCUUCCAGGAGGAGACGACCGGGCGUCUCAUGCCCGUCUGCCUGUUAUACCACAGACGGGUGAUGAGGAUGAAGAGGCCUCUGACACAAAUCAGGGCAAAAACUUCAAGCACAAGGACCACAACUGUCCUUCCAAGACUUUCACCAAAAACCCUGGUAGAGGGGAUUUCUCCAGAUAUAGACCAGAGCUGGCAGGUUCUAAAAGAGGUCACCAAAACCAAGGUGAUAGCUACGACAAGAUGACUGGCUCGCUGGGUGAAGGGAGGGCAGCAUGUGGUGUUCAUCUCCACAUUAACAACGCCUUUGGCACUACCUCCCAUAAUAUCCUCAUCGAUGAGCUGACAAAGCAUGGACUGCAUGCGUGGACAGAAAGGAGAGACCCUUCCCCUCCUCCUCAGCCCGGAGACAGGGCUCGCCUGCUGGAAGGGCGGUUAUGCAGCCAGGAGAGGACCACGGCUUUCCUCCUCCAUCAGGCUUUCCAAAUCAAAGACGACAUCAUCUCCUACCUCCAGGGAAGCAACGGUUAUCAGCAUGGGGAGACUGCUGCCCGGCGGCUGCUGGAAAACCACAUCCAGACCAUUACGAGCAUCAUUAAAAAGCUCAGCGAGGACAUUGAGGUUUUGGAGAGGCAAAUAAGAUCAAGGGAUGGUGCCGCCGUAGAAACUAAUUUUGCUGUUCAAACUCUGGACCAUAAAUACGUCCAGGGUCUUGGAGACCUGCGUGGAAGAGUGGCGAGAUGCGAGGCGAGCAUUGCAAAGCUGUCGGGAGACAUCAGCAUUAUCAGGCAUGAGGCACAGAGGACUGAUAAAGAGAUUUAUGGCCUCCAGUCUGCCCUCAAAAAUUGCGUUGGCGAUUUUGAGAAGAAGGUAAUGCAGCUAUUAGGCAAGAUAGAGACUUCCAGCUCUGAUCAAAGCUCGAAUUUAAAGACAGUCCAGGGAGAUCAACAACAUCAAUUGCAACUUCUGGAUUUCAAGUUGACAAGUAUUCUAAGUGACUUCAGGGAUCAGAUACAGACUCAUCGGAAGCGGACGGAAGUGCAGUUGACACGCUCUGAAGCGGAUCAAGCACAGCAGAGGCAUCAGCUGCUUAACUCAGUGAAGGAGAGACUGGAAAGAGCAGAAAAAAGAGUAGAAGAAAAGCUCCUACUUCUGUCGCUAAAGCUAGAACAAAUGGAUAAACCACAGAAAUAUGAAAAGCAGUUGAACCAGAUGAAAAGCGAUGAAAAAAACCUACAUGCAAGAAUCACCAGAUUUGAAAGACAGAUCUGGAAGGAGAUUGAGGAAAUCCAAAGUGAAUACAGAUCAGGAUUUCAAUCCGUUCACGGAUCUCUGGAGCUGCUCAAACAAAUACAGAACACAAAGCUGAAACUUGAAAAAAAGAAAAUUCAGAAAGACAUGAAAAAGAUACAGUGA